AUGCUGCUUUUCAUUCUUUUUGCCCUCGCCUCAAUCUCGAGUGCCUCAAUUUUCCCGUUGAGCGCUUAUACUGGAACGGAAUCUCUGUAUAAAGUGAACAAGACUCAUCAGAUCUACAUCAUCUCAAACAGUCCACAAGAAGAUCUUCAACUCUUGACCAUUACUACAAACAAUGCAGCUCAGAACUCCAAUGGUUUCACAUUGGCUGCCCCAACAACCGAUGGCUCUCUGACUCCAUUUGUCCCAACUCAAGACAAUGAUUUGGUCAGUGUUGUUUUCACUGGAAAGACCCCUCUCAGCGGAUGGCUCUAUAUGAAUUCUGCGACUCCGAAACUCAAUGUUUUCCCACUUCUGGAGAAUAGUUCGAUCAGUUUCAAACAAGGAACCAAUGUGUUUUUCAAGUUGAGCAGCCCCGCCCAACAGAUUCCAGUUGCUCAAAAUGUGGUUGUGGAGAAGAAUCAACCACUUUAUGGAUUCAUUGGACUUCCAGAUGAUAUUGGACUUCCAAGUGACUCUCGGUUCUUCGAUAGUUCUUCCAUUGACACUGUAACAAACUACAACCAACUUGAACUUCCACUCGACAGAUUCUAUUUCUCAUCGAGCAGUUCCAACGUGAAGUAUGAAAUCAAGUUUGGAACUAGAUCUGGAAUGACAAUUGGAUCUUCUGGACUUGUGAUGACUGAUGGAUUCCCAACUGGAGCUUAUGGAACAAGAGAUUUCAAUCUUAAUAAUCAGAAUGGAAUCAACGUGGAUGCAUACCUUGUGCCAAGAUUCGACCAGUCUCGUCAAUUCUACAGUACAAACGUUACUGUUUUCAUGACACCAACAACAAUGGACCCAACCGUCUUCCCAGUUCCUUCUUACGGAAGUACAAACAUCACAUCGAACAGUCCAAUGAGUAGAAUCCUCAUUGAAUCUGAUGGACCAUUUGCCAUUCAAUACACAUUGAGAGAUACUACAGUCACAACUCCAUCUCCAUUCGAAACGACUACAAAAUCAUCCAGUUUCCCACAGAUCAUUGCAUCUCUACUCCUUGCAGCCAUCUUCCGAUUCUAA